ACCUGCUACGAUGAAAUAAAUCCUCUAUUCUAAUAUUAGGUGCCAUAAUGAACCAGAAACCGAUGAAAAAAACACAAAUUUUACGAAUAAACGAAAGAGACUCUACACUGUAAACAUCAUCACAAUAGAUGUCUAUCCAGAUUCCAGAUGCCUUCUAAGAUCAGUGGACAAAAUUUCUUAAUACUUGGUGUAACAUGAAAUAUUACAGUUCUCGUUUUCAAAAUAUGGCGACUUCUGACAAAGAAUUCGAAACGAAUCUGUCAGAAGAAUUGCCAUCAAAAGAAAAGGAAAGUGAAACGAUUUCUUGUGAGGAAAAAGACAUUGUUACAGGGAAUGAAAAUGGCGCGAAAACAUUCUCAAGUGAUGAUAAUAUAGAUAGAAAUAAAGCAAGUUGUUUGGCAAAAGACGACCAAAAAUUUAUAGACCAAAGCAAUAAUGGUGGUCUAAAUACCAAAGAAAACGUAGACUGUGACAUAAGUAGUAGUGUUAGUGAGUCUGUAGAGACUGAGAAACAAGGUUGUAGUGUUACUGGGUCAGUAGAAGGUGAAAAACUAGAUGAAUUGAAUAAAAACAGCCCGCCAUUAGCAAGGUCUAGUGGAAGGAAAGUAGAUGAGGCAUUGUUGGAGGAAGAUGAGAUGGGGUGUUCGGGGGAUGAAGAGGAACACUAUGAGUCUGCUGAGGAGGAACAUCUUACACCAGAAGAAGCUGAGGUAAUUUGUGUCAGGGCCAACUACAAAUAGAUUUUAUCUCGAGCGGUCUGCAUAGGUAGUACAAAAACACCAGAAUAUUGAGAUGGAUUCAACUGAUUCAACAACCUCAAAAAUGAAAAAAAAAAACUUUGAUGUUUCGAGCAGCCUUCGUAGUCUAGUAACUUCCUGAUGAAGAGCUUUGAUCGAAAAAGUGUUGAAGUUUUUCAUUUAGUUCAAUCCAUCUCAACUUUCUUAUAUAGAUUUUAUCCCUUUAUUGUGAUUUGCAGAGUUGUCAGUCCAUUUACAUUUACAGUCCAUGGAAUCUGAACCUAUGUUGCCUCCUCUGAGACAGAGACUGCACCCCCCCCCCCCCUGCAAAAUGUGCUGGAUACUUCAUAACUGAUCCCUAGCAUGCUAUGAGUUCAUUCCUGGCAUUAACAAGCACAAUUCCAGGUUAUCCCAACAAUGCAUUAUUUUAAUUAGGAAAGAAUGAGAGAAGCAUUGGAACUUAAAAAAGAAGGCAAUGAUCAUUUCAGAAAACAAGGUGUGAUCUCUAAAAACAUUUGAAACUGGACUGGCCAGACACAUGAUAUGGAAUAGACCAUUUAAAGCCUUUGUGGUUUUCAAAAGCUAUAUUAUGAUAAAAUAUGCUUGCUGUACUGCUAAUGGCAAAAAUUGAUACUGUCAAACAUCUUAUCACACCCAAAAAAUGGGGCGGCAGAGCAUCUUUCAAAUGUCUACAACACCAUUGUGUCAUAGCAUAUUUGAUAGCAAUGCAAUCUAUUACUAAAUAAGUCUGUAUUUCUUAUUCUUAUUGCAUAUGAUUGUCCAGUAUUUUCAAGGCCUUUUUCUUGCAUAUAUCAUUGUUUAUACCAUGGUAGUUUCAGCAUGAUUUCUAUGUUUCAUUUUUUCUGUUGCAUGUAAUUUUGCAGUUUUAUGAAAUAAGUUAAACUUGCAAACUUUUUAUUUCACAUAAUGAUGGUGACGAUUUGUACGUUUACAGAAUAUGUUGAAGGUAAAGAUCUUUAUACCAAGGCAAUAAAACGUUGUCCUAAAGAAUUCACUGAAAACAAAUCAAUAUUUUAUGCAAAUCGAGCAGCUUGUUUUCAGAAACUGGUAGGUAAUUGGAAUUAUUAAUGUUAACUACCAAAUAGAUCUCAAACGCGGAUAAACACUUCAACUACUUUUCUUGUAAACACACUUUUCCCGUAAAAGCGAUGAGACACAGACAAUUUUUAACAACAACUUGCAAUGUUGCCGAGGCAAUCAAAUCUCCCGCGUCAUGUAACAUAAAAUCGUCCUGGUAAGAAGCUUACACGCUGCAUAUUAACUUUAGCAGUCCGCGCACCACCUCUCAGAAAUAACGUAACAUUGCGUUCAAAGUCUAUGGAAAGCAAUUUAAAACGCAUUUGGGACGACACAACACAAAUGGAAUGCUGAUAGAUCACAAAUGAAACGAGAGCAUGAAUAACGUAUCCCUGGCGCGUUUCCAUUACGGCGUUAGGCUAUAAUUUUUAGCAGUACUGCAUGUAUAAACGUCAGCGCAUAUUAUAAUUCAGCGCGAGCACUAAUACACCAAAUAAGCAAGGUAUUGUUCUAUUAACUCGUCUAUUUUGCUUUCAAUUCUAAAGGAAGAUUAUGAAAAUGCUAUCAGUGAUUGCAGUAAAGGUACUUCUUCAACAUUUUAACACAAUUCAUUGUAUUACGGCUCUAUACAUUUGUUUUUACCGAAGGCAGCACGUCUGGUUUUUGACUUUUUUAUCACAUUUUUAGCACUAGAACUUGCUCCAAAUUAUCUCAAAGCGCGGUUAAGACGAGCACAAUGUUAUGAAAAAGUUGAGAAACAGGAAGAAGCCUUGGAAGGUAUUAAUUGUUUAGACUACAAAGUUAGCGUGAAUUUAAGUGUCAGAGCUUCUAUAGUUGAAGCAAUGUUUCAUAUAUGCAUGAAAAGGAGUUAUAUAUUAUAGUAAUUUAAAAACCGAAAAAUGCGUUGAAGAAUUAUGAUAGGGUUACCAGAGGCUAAUGAACCACCUAAACUCAUAAGUUAAUUAUAGUUGGUUAACUAAUUUAGUGUGAGAUUAUAUACUUUAUUUAAUAUUUUUUCUUAUGGUGAUGAAUUAGCCUUUUCCUAAAAGAGAUCACAAUGCAUUCUGGGAUCGUUUGGAGAGACAAAAUAUAAUGUGAUAUAGGCGUCAAAUAUGUGAAAGAGUAGAAGUAUCUACUAUCUAAAUCAACUUUUUAGACGACGAAAAAUGAAAUAUCUGCUUUUUACAUUAAACAUUUAAUUUAAAUGUGUGCUGCCAUAUUUCUUGUCCCUCCAACAUGGGAUUCGCGCGACUAGACCCAGGACUUUGGGAAAUGGCAAAUUUUAUCAACUGUCUUUUAGAUUACAAGAUUAUGUUUGAAAACGAUAAGUUGUGUCAACCCGCUAGAGAAGCAAUUUUGGUAAGAGUUGAAAAAACAAACAAACAUAAAACCCAGACAAUUCUCUCUGUUGUUCUUGUAGCUCUACGGAUUUUAUAAUCUGACCUUGGUAAAUGUAUUUUAUAUUGCAGAGAUUGCCAGAGGAAAUUAAAAUAAAACAUGAAAAGUUAAAGGAAGAAAUGAUAGGUAUUAAUAUUAUGCAAAUAUUAUAUGUUAUCUAUAUAUAACCUCGUGUAAUUAAUAAUUUCACAUCGUGACGUUCACACGCAUAAAAAAGUACAUGGAAAAGUGUAAAUCUUUGAUUUUGUGCUCAUGCACAUGUGCUUAUAUUACGCCGUUCGCACCCGUGAGUAUUUUGUGCUUGUAUUUGUGCUCAUUGACUGGCGUGAAAUAUAUACCUCCCAUCUUGCAUAACAUCGUCUUGGCUGGCUAUUUUCAGGUAAAUUAAAAGACCUUGGUAACAUGGUACUUCGUCCAUUUGGUCUCUCGACAGAUAACUUUAACCUACAACAAGAUCCGAAUUCUGGAGGGUACUCAAUUAAUUUUCAGAAAUAAUUUGUUCCUCAUUCGGGAACACAUCAGAGGUAACAGAUAAUUGUGAAUAGUUGUAAAGAUGAUGAUGUCAUCAAUGGCGGAACUAGGGGAGGUGGGAACUGGAGGGGGGCUUCAAAAGUGACGAUCGCCUCCAAUUAUUUGAUUAUUUCAUACAUUUUGUCUUAAAUUUGUCCUAAAUUUGCACUCUUAAUAUUUCGCGAAGUGUUCAACACUUGGUAUAAUUUGUAAUGUAUGUAACUGUAUAGCUGUAUCAUGGCAUGAUGCUCAUUCAUUGGCUAGCCAACUGGAUGAGAGUACAGAAGAAACAUUGCGUCUUUAUUACGCAAUGCGCACGAUCUUCUAUAAAAAAUAGAACAAAUACUGUAUCGCGCCUUCAAAAUUAAUCACUUAUGGCGAAUUCGUAGAGUAGAAAAUUUCCGGUAUGCUUUAAUCUCAAUAAGUAAUAAUUUAUUCCAGUAUUAUGGUUUGGCAUCGUUAAUUUAUUCCAGUUUAUGAUUUGGUAUUACUUCAAAAUUUGUUAAGAACCUGUUCUGGCUGUUCAUGACGUUUUCUUUAAAUUUAGGUGCACUUGCAUGCCGCACUUACACGGUAACUUGCGAAUUCGGAACAAUACCGAAACUUUACAUGUAUCAUACGAUGAAAUUUUCACUUGGCGUCCCAGGGACUGACAGCCUCGUGUGAGCGAAUAUUAAAGCGGUAGAAGCAAGUUUUGGUAGGAUUCUGAAUUUGGCAGGUACCAUGUGAACGUAGCCUGUAGCAAGUUGUGAGUUUCCUAGAACAUGUAUGCAAAAUCGUUGAGAAAAUUUACAACAAGCCUUUACAGCAUUGGAAAAUUACAAAGUGGAGAAAAUUUAAAACAAAUUGAUCACUGAAUUUUAAUUUUAAUAAUAAAUAAUUAACUGCGAUAUAAUUUACAAUCAACGGUUAGAACUUUUUACAAGCGUAGCCUUGGCUAUAGAGACUCGUUUUCGUGAUUGAGAUAUUGCGUUUAUAGUCCUUUAUCUUGUUAAGAUGGACAUAUUCACGAAAUCAUAUAGUUAUAUUCCGAUUCGAUAAUAGAAAAGACUUUUAUAUAAUUAAAUUAUCGGUAACAAGAAAGGCCUGAAGCAGAUACCUCAAUCCCGAAAAUGAGGCUCUAUAGGCAAGGCUGUAAGCGCUUUCCGGAAGGGUGUAUUAUUAAUUUAAAGUGGUACUAACUGUAAUGAUAUCUAACACUUUGUAAAGAAAUUGAUAAAAGUACAUGUCGCGAAAUUCAUCUUUUCAGAAUAGCUGCUUUAUACACAAUACCACUUUGAAUAGCAUUUAUUCCCUAGCUUUAACAUUGAGGUCCCUACUGUGACAAGUGGCCCUGGCUUUGGCAAGUUUAACAAAUUUUGGGUUAGCAUUUGGUAAUUAUGACGUCACAUGCAAAAGUGCUGAAAUUAAAUAUGCUUGGAUAUGAUUUCUAUGUUUAGCUAGGAGAAUAUAUGCUAAGCAUGACGAGAAAUGACUUUGGGACAAACCAUUAGAAAAGCAUGGGGGAGGGUUUAAAUUUCUGCCAUACAUGGCGUUCAUUCCCUACUCCUCCCCCUUCACUUUUGUAAUGGUUCGCCCCUCACAGAUGCCUAAAAAGGCUAAAACUCCAACGUUCGAAAGAUCACUGUACAGUAUGUGAAAUUAACACCGCGUGUUCAAAGCAGGCAACAGCUGUUCCAUUAAGUCUAAGCUUGUAAAACCUGUCCUCUAAACUUGUAAAACCUGUCCAUCUCCAGACAUAACCUGUAUGUCCUGUUGUGCCUCGCGCACUGCACGUCUGUAUGCUCCAUGUUUUUGUUUCUUGAACAGCUGCUUGAAAUUCUCCUCAAAUGUUAAUAAAAAGCUACACGAGAUAUCUGAGGUUGUUGUUGAACCGUACCAAGCCACUUUAACAAAGCCAGCAUCGCUCUCGGUUGCUUGACAUAGGAUACCUAGGAUACGCCCGGGCCACCAAGGAUGACCGUGGACCUUACCCCACACAAUGUCUCCAACCCUCAUUUCUUGGUUGUGAUUCCUGGGUUGUACCCCUCGUUUAGCAUAAGCCUUGUUGACGUUCCAAUGUUUGCCUUUAGGGUUUCCAUCAAGCAUGCUUGUGGGUGUGCUUGGUCGUUUUGUGUACACUUCGACUAGGGGUUCGCCGUUUGGUAAAGACAUGUCCUGAUCAUUUUGUACAUCUGGCGUCUUCCUGUUGUCGUUAGAAUCAUGACUAGUUCGCUUUUUACCCUUGUAUCGAGUAUUGUGCUUAUGAGAAGUGCUGUCGAGACUUUGAUUGUUUGAUUUUACAUCAGUUUCUUUAUCUACCUUGCCGUUCUUCUCAGCAAGGAAUGCCACAUAAUUGUUCACUGUCCCAGCUGUUCUUGUCAGCUUCACGACAGGGACAAGCUGGGAUAAGUUACGAGAUAACUUUGGAUCUUCUGAAGCUCCCUCUUCGUUUUUCACUUUCUUGGGCGACGUGUUUGAAUUUGAAUUUGUCCUUUUUCUUUUCAAUGAUUUCAUCAAGGUCAUUUUUUGUUGAGGUGACUUUUGAGACUCUGUGGGUUCUUCUGUGGUAGGGUUAGGGCUGUCCUCUGUUUUUGUGGUUUGUCGUUUGCGUGGAGCGAGCGUUUUUACCAGGCCUCGAAUUUUGUUCACUGGGGUGACGAGAUUAGGUGUGGCACCUUGAUCCUCUGACAUCAUUUUUGAGCUGCGGGUACUAACUCGAGAUGCAGUGAUAGGUGGUUCAUUCGACUCGCAGGUAACAGCCCGAGCUGCUGUCAGCCUGUAUAAGUAAGGAAUUACACAUGAAGUAAUCUUAGCACUUACAAGCAAUGACAGAUUGACAAGGGCAAGAAUGAUGCUACAUUGGGGAUCAAUCUUGCCUUUUUAAAUAUGUGGGUUAAGGUUGGGGGAAGAUGCAAGGUAGCAAGGAAAAGUGGUGUCAAAAAGGGUGGGAAGGAAAAGUAAGGAGUGGGUAGCACUGGGAAACGGGGUUAAGAAGAAGGGGGAACAUCAAGACGUGGGAGGAAUGGAGCAAAUAAUGACAACUAUGGGGGAAGGGCUGUUUAUAGGAAGCAAGCCUGCCUUGACUGACCUUCACCCAGGCUGGCUCAUCUAUUAAAUCAUGGGUUAAAUUUGUCUUGGGAAGGUGUGCCAGCCUGGGUACUCAGGGGAGAGUUGAAGAAGGGAAGUGGGAAAGAUGAAGAUAUGUUAGGGGGGGGGGUUGGAGAAAUUGGGAAGGUAGUGGGAUGCAAGGGAUGUUUAGUUAACAUCAUUAUGUGUUAUUUUUCUUUGAUGUUGACCUGAUCACAACUACAUUCCUAUCAGAUGAGAUUAUGCCAUUGGUUAUCCAUUUGUUGAUGAAUAUAAUGUGUAGUACAUUUUUAUCAGAAUAAUAAUACACCAUGUUUGUGUAUACUAAUUGAACCCUUGCAAACAUCACCAUCACUUUUUAUUGUAUUAACCCAUUAAUCUUCAUUGUGCCACAAUGCACCCGACUUUAUUAUUUCACUCUGCCUAAAGCCAGACAAUCUUAUACACAUCAAGGGAAGAGUCUUGCACAU